AUGUCUACAUAUUCGGCAGAAUCGACAACGGCCUCUUCUAAAUCAAACGACAAGCGACAAUCUUUAGGAACAAUUGAGUCUAGUGUAACAAGAUUGCUAGUGUCUACGAAACAUCUAUUAGAGAGCUUGACGCAAUGGGCUCGACAAGAAGCAGAUGAUAAACUUGUUUCAGACGCAUAUGUCAAACUAGGCAAUGAUUUUCGAGCAGCAACAAAAGCUUUUGCACAUACUGGUAUAGAUAUAUCUGACAUUGGUGAUGUUCCUCAAGCUUUGCGAAUUGUAUUAGAGGCCGCGUUAAGCGGACCACCAAGUCAAGAGAAUUUGGACAAGUAUUUACCUAAUAUUAGAAAUAUAAUUGUGACUUUGCUUCAAAAUUUGAAAUCUAAACAAGUGAAAGCAAAAGAAUUGUCGCAAGAUCGUCCGUCUAAGCAGAAAUCAAGCGCCAUUCGUCUUCCAAAGCCAGUCAUUGAAUCACCAAAUAAGCCUCCUGAUUCCAACCUUUCUGUGCAAGAAGAAUCAGAAUAUGCAAACGAUGCUUUAACUCAACUCCAGAAGGGAAAUUUUAUACUGCGUCGUGCCUCUAAAAGGUUCAGUGCAUAUCAGUAUGCAAAAUUGGCAAAUAUUUCACCAAACACAAGUAUGUCUAAUAAUCAAAUAAAACCCGAUGUUCAGCACCAACGUCAAACAGAAGUCAAUAAUGCCAAAAAUAUGCCUCUUCCGCUUCCAGGAAAAAGAGGUAGCCAUAACGAUAAUUAUAUUUUUCUUCGUUUGGGCUCUACGACUAAGAAAGUAGACAUUAAGCUACCUUUGACCUCCGCGUCCAUAAGAUUACUCUUUGUCGAGAAAUUUGCAUAUUCGCCUGGGAAGACAACUUUCCCUGAUAUAUAUAUUGAAGACACGAACACAAAAGUGUCUUAUCAGCUCGAGGAGCAUAACUUAGACGAUGUCACAGCAGGAAGUCUCUUGAUAUUAAAAGAAGAAGACCAACAUGAAACGGAAGCGCCGUGGAAGCAUGAAAUAGACGAGAAAAUUCAAAAAGUAAAUGAGAAACUUGAUCAACAUCAUCUUCAACUUAUGCAAGAGCUAAAGGAUGCUUUAGAUGCUUUUACAUUAAAAUCUGCGACUUCCGAGGAAAAGAAAGACAAGAAAGAAAAUACUUUUGUGAACUUUAGUAAUAAUACUUAUUUAAAAGAGCUUAACGAUAUACAACGGGAGUUGAAAGCAAUUAAACAGGUUCAGGUAUCUAAUAAAGCUAAAAUGAAAAAUUCAGUGGAGAAUCUACUUCUCAAGGUCUCUGAAUUUGAGGAAUCAAACUUAGACAUCACCAAGUCAUCUAACAGAACGUAUAUGGAGGGCUGCCAUUUGAAGUUGUCUGAAGAUUCUGAUACACUUUUGACGAAGGUUGACGACUUGCAGGAUAUUAUGGAAGCGCUACGUAAAGAUGUAGCUCAAAGAGGCGUACGUAUUGGGGAGAAGCAAUUGAAGUUUACCCAAAAAGAAAUUGAAGAGGCCAAGGAUGAAUUGAAUCAAAUGAUAAGAUACAUCAGUAAGGAACGGUCGGUCUGGAAAAAAAUAUGGGAGGCAGAGUUAGAUAAAGUUUGUGAAGAGCAACAGUUUUUUAAUCUACAGAGUGACUUAACGGAGGACUUGGAGGAAGACAUUAAGAAGAUCGAAGAAACAUAUGAUUUAAUUGAGCAGUGUUCAUUAGAGCAAAGCAAGCAUAGUGGAAUCAAAAGAAACAAAGUGGUUGCACAGCUUCACAUACCAGCACCUGGUGAAAGCAUACAUGAUAUGAAGCAUGCAGUCUUAAAUGAAGUGGCUGCCUUACAGCCAGACCAUGAAAGCAGAGUGGAAGCGAUAGCAAAAGCCGAAAAAUUAAGAUCAAAGGAAAAGGAAUUAAUGCAGCUUACAAAAUUUCAAGAGGAGCUCGGAGAUUUUGUGGAAGAUAGUAGAUUAAAAAAGUCCGGAGGUAUUGAAGAAUUAGAAAGAUUAAGGCAAAUGAAAGACUCAGAAAACUUGAAAAAUUCACUUGGAAUUUUUUAA